GAGAGAGAGAGUGAGUGAGAGAGAGAAAGAGAAAGAAGAAAAAAGAAAAAAAAAAAAGAAAAAAGAAGAGAGGAAAGAAGAGAAAGUUUUCCCUCAUGGCUGGACUGAGUCUUAUGGUAUCGAUCCUGACUGGAAUCACGUGCGGGUACACUCGGGCAGAACAUUGCGACUUGUUCCCUUUCCCGAUGCUCGAGGGCGCAGAGCCUCACCCCAAGGAAGCGCGCGGCCAAAUCCUCCUGAGUCUCCUGCCGGAGGACGAGCACUGGACAGCCGAACUGAAUGUCGCCGACAGCGGCUCCGUGUGUGUAGUGAAUCUGAAGGACAGCGUGACAUUCGACGGAAUAGAGGAGGAGUUCAUAGUGACGACAGGCAAGGAUGGCAAGCAGAACCAGAGCGCCCUCGAUCCGCCACUUUUCCACAGGAACUCUUGGACGGACGUAUUGCUUGCUGUCGAACAGGAAGCCGCUGUUGGGAAUACCUCCACUGGGAAUCAGUCCAAUGAGAAUCUCACGGGCUUCCUGUCUUUGGUGCUGGCGCAGGGUACGGAGCGGAAGGUCAUACGCGUCACGGACUGCCCGCUCAGGUCGAAUUCUUUUACCUUAAGUUGGACGACAUCUAGCAAUAUAUCGUUCACCGUCGACUGCCAAAACAAAGUGUGCGCCGCCGGCCGCCGCAUACUGUCCUCUAGCAACGCCACCGCAUUCUACUACAGAAGCAAGUUUCCUUCGGAUAUUGUGCGAGUGACGCUGACCACCUUCGCCGCUGGGGAAGCCGGGGAGGAAUCCUUCGUAGAGUCCUGGCACGUGGACGAGAGCUGCCAAGUUAACCAGUGGCACAAGAUAUCCUUCAGGAGGCUUCUGCGAGGCCUGGAGAUGAUUUUGCCCGGGAAACCUCCUAGGACCAUUCGAAACACAAGCGCCCUCUCGCCGGACUUCUGCAUUACUGAGGUCAGUGUGGACGGCAGUGGCGUCGUGACCUGGUGUGCCCCCGAUGAGCCUCAACCGUCGGCACGGUACCUGGAAGUGGUGUUGUCUGCUGUCUUGAGCUUUGCUGCUGGCAACGCCGUCUUCCUCUGCGGACGACUUCGCAGGAAGAGGAGGUCCAGGGACGCUAAAGGCGAGAAAUACCUCUUCCGUUAUGAAAGACGUCGUAGUUCCAGUGAGGAGUCGUCCCACUACAUGCGUUAUUGCGAGCCGCCUGAACCUUCGUUGCCACUGUCAUCCCCUCCUCCACUCCCACAAACGUAUCCACCUCCACUGCCCCUCAAGGAUCCGCCUCCACUCCCAAAAACGUAUCCACCUCCACUGCCCCUCAAGGAUCCGCCUCCACUCCCACAAACGUAUCCACCUCCACUGCCCCUCAAGGGUCCACCUCCACUUCCUCCGCCGUUAGCAUAGCCUCCUCCAUCGCCGUUCCCUCGUAGACCACCGACCCCAGCUCUUCCUCCACCUCCUUUGCUCGCCCGCUCCACCACGACGCGGCUCCCUAUCCUCACCUCCCUCCACUUUCUCUCCCACUGGCACUCCACCUCCGGGUUUCGAACCCCCUUGACUGGAGUGGCUUGUGAACAAUAAGGUGGACGCGAAAGAGACUGCAAACUGCCGGUCAUGAGGAAUCCGCCACACAGUCUGGGGGCCGAAAAGGACGAAGAUUUCAGCGGAAAAGAGAAACCGGUCCUUUUCUACAGUCAGUCCUCGUUAUCUUUUGUGUUUGUUUUCCUGAUUAAUGUUCUUUCUCCCUUUCUCUGACUGUUGGUUCGAUUCUUUGUCUUUCUGUCUUUGUGUGUGUGUGUGUGUGUGUGUGUGUGUGUGUGUGUGUGUGUGUGUGUGUGUUUAUGUGUGCGUGGGUGCGUGCGUGCGUGCGUGCGUGCGUGCGUGCGUGCGUGCGUGCGUGCGUGUGUGCGUGUGUGCGUGCGUGUGUGCCUCGUAAUGAAUUUGUAUAACCUAGUACCA